ACUGGAUGUCCCUCUUUUCUAACUUGCCUAAACACCAUCUGCACACAGCACAGUCCUUUGAGUGGGUCUCACACUGGACACAGCACCGAGGAGCUUCUCCACGGGGAAGUGUGUGUGUGAAAGCCUGACUGUGUGUCAACACUGUCCAUGACUCGGAGCUGCGACUCGGUCGCGUGGUGGGGAGUCCAGGGUCUGAGAAGGCAGCGCACUAAAUAUCUCUGCAUCAGGUAAAAAAGCUGUUUGGUGACGACUCGCCACCAGGCAAAUGUUGGCAGUCCCAGCGAUUUUUCCCGUGGAAUACACCGAGGGUCGCCAUGGAUGUGCCUGCAGGGGCGGUGGACCCACCCGAACUCCGCAGCAGCCCGGGCCAGCGCCCCACCUCCGGGUCACCGGCAGGAUCCGCCUCUCCCCGGGCCCCCGCGGCCCUGGCACCCGAGGUCAGCGGGCCGUGGGUACAACUCAGCCGCGGACCCUGCUCCAGCCCCAUGCCGAGUGCGGGAGCUUUGGACUUGAACGCGACGUGCUCGCCCGGCUCCAAACAAACUUGCAAUUUCUGCGCGCACCCCUAAAACAGGAGCUGUUCCCCAAAACCGUGACCGAGUUACCCCGCUGUGCUCUGGCCCGCGGACCUGUGUCCGAACCCGGGCUCGGCUGCUGGAACAGGUUUGGGAAAACAAAAGAGUCGUGGGGCAGUUUUCCCUAUGGGGGGCAGGGGCGCCUCCCGGGUCCCUGCACCCCGACUCCCGGCUGCUCCCUGGCAACUACUCCGGAGAAGGGAAGUGGUGCCACGAGCUCCCACUGCCCGGGAGAGGGAGGGAGAGAGAAGGGGCAACUGGGAAAUAAACUGAAUUCUCUUACUCUGCCUCCGUUCCUGGACCCCAGACACACCCCCAAAGUAUUCCACGGUUUUCUCUUAUUAUUUUUUUAAACGCCCCCCGGCAAACCUAGGCAGGGAUCCUUAGUCGCGAACAGCAGGAAGGAAAGAAUCCGAGCAAAUCGUGUCACUUUCCGCACAAUCGCGUUGUUUGGCAAGCCCCCGGAGCUACUCCACAAUAUUUACUACCCAAGCGCACGCUGGCUGCAGCGGGCUGCGAGCCGAGCGCGCCCGGGACCGGCCUCCGCCAAGCCGGCCCCGCCGCGGCCCGUCCACCGCCGCCCCCCUCCCGGGAUCAAGCAGCAAGAACACGGUGGAAACAAAAGCAG